GCGUGUGAGCCGUGUUUCGUUUGAGCCGAAGCAUUCCUGGCAGCGCAGCGGUAAGCAGGCGGCCACAGAGCGCUCCUUCAACGGACCCACUAUUACCGAAACAGGAUUUAAGUUCACGAAAACCAGAAAGCGUCGCCAGGAGUGAAAACCUGGACCUCAUCGCCCUGUGGACUUUAACUACUGGCCUUUCCUGCUUCACCUGCAGAUACUGAGUCCAGCGCUGACCACAGAGAGGAGGAGGACGAAGGAGGAGGACGAAGGAGGCCUAGCCACGGCAGCAGUCGACCGCGGCCCCCCUGGACCAGUGGAGCCCCCCCCCCCAAGCCAUAGAAGGAAAGCAAUGGUUUUGGGAGCUGGAGGCCAUAGCAGCAUCGAUAGAGUUUGCGUGGGUGGCAUCCUCUUCCCUUCAGCGAGCCCCCCCCCUGCCCCGGGAUGCCCCCCCGCCGCCCGGCCCUGAGCUCCCCCAGGGAGACAUGAGCAGCUACCGCGACCGGGGGGUCACCUGCACCUCCUCGGACCUCCUGCUGGACGGAGGAGGAGGAGGGGGAGGGGGGCUGCCUCUCUCGGCCUCCCAGCAUGCACUGCUCCGCCCCCUGCCCAACGGACACCCGGGGGACCCGACGGGCGGGCCCCGGCUCUCGGUGCCCAAGAUGGGGGUCCGGGCGCGCAUCGCCGAGUGGCCCCCGCGGCGCUCCCACUCCCGGGAGUCGCUGCUGGAGAACGGCGGCCGAGACCGCCACGCCGCCCCCGGCCGCGCGGCGGACGGGGGGCUGGUGCGGGGGGGCGUGGCCCGGCUGCCGCGGCGACGGGCCAAAGAGGACGAGUACCACGGGGGGGCGUCGGAGCGGGGCUCCAUGUGGAACCUGCGGGCGUUCCCGCCGCUGCGGCAGCGCUCCAACAGCGAGAUGACCCUCAGCGAGCAGGACGAGCUGGAGGUGGAGGGUCACGGCGGGGGCCUGGGCCAGGGCAGCCUGUACCGGGAGUACGGCAGCACCUCCUCCAUCGACGUCCAGGGCCUCUCGGAGCAGAGCUUCCUCGACAUGCUGCACCAGCUGCACCAGGAGCGGCCCCCGCAGCACGGCCCGCCGGGGGGGCCCCCGCGCACGCUGGCCGCCCCGGCGGGGCCCUCGCCCCAGCCCGCCGCCGGCGAGGGGCGGGUCCGGAAGAAGAGCGGGGGCACGGAGUCGUCGCUGGGCUCCUCCUCCCUGUUCCGGAAGCUGCGCAGCUCCAGCCGCGGGGAGCUGGACAGGGGGGACCCCGGCGAGGAGGGGCCGGGCCGCGCCCCCAUGGACCCCUCCUACAGGCCCUGGGUGUGCCCCAAGAGCUUCGUGCACUUCGACGCGCAGAGCGUCCUGUUCGACCUCCACGCGGCGGCGGCGGCGCGAGGCCCCGCCUCCCAGCGGAGGAACACGGCCACCGGGGCGUCGGCCUCGCGCGGCUCCACCGCAGAGCCCGCCUUCCCCAGCACGGACGACCUGACGCUGGCCCUGGGCCCCGCCGGGCCGGGGGCCCCGGAGCCCGCCGACCCCCCACACGGGGGCCCCGGGCCCCAGCUGCUGCUCUGCUGCCCCCACUUCCUGAACGAGACGGGGGGCCACGGCGAGCGCAACGUCAGCUUCCUGAGCUCGGGCGGGGAGGGGGGCGAGGGCGGCCGGGGCUGGCUGCGGCGCUCCAACGCCAGCGUGGCGGUGCUGGAGGUCCCCAUCGAGCAGAGGGUCACCCGCCUGGACCAGCUGAAGCUCUACAGCCUGGAGCACGUGGACCUGGGGGCCAAGUACUACCGGGACUACUUCCACGGCAAAGAACAUUCCAACUACUUCGGGACGGACGACAAGCUGGGCCCCGUGGCCCUCAGCAUCAGGAGGGAGAAGCUGGACGACACCAAGGACCUGAAGGACCAGUACCAGUACCGGCUCAUCGUCAGGACCAGUGAGCUGGUGACGCUGCGCGGGUCCAUCCUGGAGGACGCGGUGGCGUCCACGGCGCGGCAUGGCGCGGUGCGCGGCCUGCCCCUGAAGGAGGUCCUGGAGCAGGUGGUCCCGGAGCUCAGCGCCUCCUGCCUCCGGCUGGCGCUCAGCACGCCCAAGGUCACCGAGCAGCUGCUGAAGCUGGACGAGCAGGGGCUGAGUCAGAAGCACAAGGUGGGCGUCUUGUUGUGCCGCGCGGGCCAGAGCACGGAGGAGGAGAUGUACAACAACGAGGAGGCCUCGCCCGCCUUCUCCUCCUUCCUGGAGCUGCUGGGGCAGCAGGUCCUCCUCAAGGGCUUCUCCAAGUACGCCGCCCAGCUGGACACCAAGACGGACUCCACCGGGACCCACUCCCUGUACACAGAAUACCAGGACUAUGAGAUCAUGUUCCACGUCUCCACCAUGCUGCCCUACAUGCCCAACAACCCCCAGCAGCUCCUGAGGAAGAGGCACAUCGGGAACGACAUCGUGACCAUCGUCUUCCAGGAGCCGGGCGCGCUGCCCUUCACGCCCCAGAACAUCCUCUCCCACUUCCAGCACGUCUUCGUCAUCGUCCGCGUGCACAACCCCUGCUCCGAGAACACCUUCUACAGCGUUGCCGUGACGAGGAUGAAGGACGUGCCCCCCUUCGGCCCGCCCAUCCCCAGCGGCGUGGCGUUCCGCGACCCCGACGCCUUCCGCAGCUUCCUGCUGGCCAAGGUGCUGAACGCCGAGACGGCGGCGCACAAGUCGGACAAGUUCCACACCAUGGCGACACGCACGCGGCAGGAGUACCUCCGCGACCUGGCCGAGAACUGCGUCAGCGGCACGCCCAUGGACUCGGCCGGGAAGCUCAACAACCUCAUCUCGCUGGCGUCCAAGAAGCGGGAGCGGGCGCGGGCGCGGGAGGGGGCGGAGCUGGGCGCGGCGGGGGCGGUGGCCUGGCGCGUGCUGGCCCAGGACUUCAGCGGCGGCGGGGCGGAGAUGGCGUGCGCGCUGGGCCUGUCGGAGGAGUACGUGCUGCUGGUGGACCAGGCCACCAAGGAGGUGGUGUUCAACUGCUUCUGCUCCGACGUCAUCGGCUGGACGGCGGAGCGCCUGGCGCUGAAGGUCUUCUACGGCCGCGGGGACUACAUCGCCGUGCGCGUGGCCGAGGGCUGCGCCCAGGACAUCAGGGAGGUGGUGCAGAGGUUAAAGCCUCUGACGGUGGGCUGUGAGACGGUGGACAUGACCCUGAGGAGGAACGGCCUGGGCCAGCUGGGCUUCCACGUCCGUCUGGACGGCACCGUGGCUGAGGUGGAGGAGUACGGCUUCGCCUGGCAGGCGGGGCUGAGGCAGGGCAGCCGAUUGGUGGAGAUCUGCAAGGUUGCCGCGGUGACGCUGACCCACGAGCAGAUGAUCGACCUGCUGAGGACCUCGGUCACCGUCAAGGUGGUCAUCAUCCCCCCGUACGAGGAGGGGGGCCCGCGCAGGGGCUGUACGGAGGAGUAUGAGAUGAAGACCAUGGAGCAGAAGCCGGAGCCUGAGCCCGUGGCGGUGGGCUACCGGCCCUCCCCGCGGCCCCCCGGGUGUCGCUGGGACAGCCCCCCCCUCCACGGCACCCCCCCUCACCCCCAGCGCUGGGCCCACAUGGGCCCGCCGGCCCCCCCCCUGCCCCGCGCACACAAGACGCUGGUGGCCGUCCCCUACAGAGAGACGCAUCACGGCAGCGCCAAGAGGCCGGUGAGCUACCCAGAGAACCAGUACACGGUGUCCCCAGCAGGGGGCGAGCGGUCACUGCCCUACAGGAACCCCUCCGCCAGCUUCUCCUCCCCCUCCCCCGGGCUGCUGGGCCCCCACGGCGCCCCCGGCCUCGGCCCCUUCCUACGCUACAAGCCCUCCCCCGACAGGUUCGUCCCGGGACAGCGCCCCCUGGUGGGCUACGAACCCCCCAUGGCGCUGGACGUGACCUCCAGUGGAGAGUCGUCGUCUGGCUUCACCAGCCAGGAGAGCACGAUGGAGCGCUGCAAACCAGAGCCGGUCUGGCAUGUCCCAGUGCCGUCUCGAGGUAUGGGUGCAGGGGGGGGGCAGCGAAGGCCCCCCAGGCAUGACGUCCCGGGGAAGGACUCUCCCAACAGGCACUCAAAGGGCGAGGCUCAGUACUCCAGCCACUCCAGCAGCAACACGCUGUCCAGCAACGCGUCCAGCGGCCACAGCGACGAGCGCUGGUUCGACGGCGCCCCCCGGGGGGGGGAGGUCAUGGGCAACGGGGGCGGGGGCCCGGGCGACGCCCCCGACCCCGCCGACCCCGACCCCUUCAACAAGGGCGGCUCCAGUGACAGCGGCAUCGACGCCCCGCCCCACUUCACCCACCACGCCCGCCCCCCCCCUGCCGGCCCAGGCCCCUCCCACAAGCCCCUCACCCUGGGGGUGCUGGGCCCGGGGCUACUGGGGCCGGUGCUCACGAUCCAGGGGUACCUGGGUCAGGGGUCGCUGGGCGGGCCCCAGGACCCCCCCUCCGUGGUGAGGAGCGGGGGGGGCAGCGCCGGCAGCGGCGAGGGCCGGAGGCGGGAAUCUUCACCGGCCAAUCAGAACAAAGGAUACCGGACCAGGACGUUCCCCCCGCCCGGCUCCAGCGCGGACAAGGCGGACCCGUUCCACCGGAGGGGCUGCUACACCCCCCAGGGGUACCAGACACCCUCCUCCAACCAGGGCCGUCCCGCCAGAGCCUCCGCGGCCACGCCCACCCUGGCCCUGCUGAACUCCGCCCCCCUCUCCAGCUCCGCCCCCAAAAGCUUCUACGGGAAGAGCAGGACGUCGGCGUGGCAACCGGAGGACAACGGCCUCUCCGGCCUGGUCAUCCCCACGACCUCCAGCUCUGACAACGGCAGCAAGAAGCAGGUGGAGCUGAACUCCAAGAACGUGUUCGGCCAGCCGCGUCUGCGGGCGUCGCUGAGGGACCUGCGCUCCCCGCGGAGGACCUACAAGAGCACCGUGGAGGACGACCUGAAGAAGCUCAUCAUCAUGGACUACCCGGUCGACGCCCCCCCGAGAGACACCUCCCCCAGGCGCCCCCUCCAGAGGACCUUCUCCGACGAGUCGCUGUGCAGCGGGCGCCGCGACGCCAGCUACGCGGCGGCGGAGAGCGUGGGCGCCCCCGCCGACGUCCUAUUCACCUGCACCCUGCCCACCCGCAAGCCCCACGGGCCCCCCCCCGGGGGCCAGGGGGCCAAGAAAGCGGCCCUCUCCUCCUCGGAGCUCUCCCUGGUGGAGGGGCGGGACCAGGUGCCCCCCCUGCGGCGGCUGGACCCGGGGCUGAUGCCGCUCCCGGACACCAGCGGGGGGGGGCUGGAGUGGACCAGCCUGGUCAGCGCCGCCCGCGCCUACGAAGGUGAGGUUCAGAGGGCGGUGUCUCUCUUCUCGCUGACGGAGCCUCCGGUCGGAGGUCAGGACCUGCGUCCGUCCGUCAGUCCGGUCCAGUUCCAGACGCCGCAGACGCCGCGGACCACGCCCACCUUCAGCGGCGACGAGGUGAACCACGACCUGCCAGGACGCCUGCACCACCUGGAGGUGAAGCUGAGGCAGCUCAACACCGACCUGGAGAAGGAGAAGAAGGACAAGGUGGUGCUGAUGGCGGAGAUGGCGGACCUCCGUCAGAACAACCAGCGGCUGCAGGAGGAGAGCUCCUCCGCCAGCGAGCAGCUCCGCAAGUUCAGCAUGCUGUUCGCCAGCCCGCAGCCCGACAGGAUGUGACCUCACACCGGCCCGCAGCCCGACAGGAAGUGACCUCACACACCAGGACGCCGGCGAUGUCGGAGGAGAGGAUUUUGGAAGACGCUGACGGAGACUGGUUUAAAGAUGGAGUCCCACUAGAUAUGAGGACUGGUUUAAAGCUGGAGUCCCUAUAGACAUGAGGACUGGUUUAAAGCUGGAGUCCCUCUAGACAUGAGGACUGGUUUAAAGAUGGAGUCCCUCUAGAUAUGAGGACUGGUUUAAAGAUGGAGUCCCACUAGAUAUGAGGACUGGUUUAAAGCUGGAGUCCCUCUAGACAUGAGGACUGGUUUAAAGAUGGAGUCCCACUAGAUAUGAGGACUGGUUUAAAGAUGGAGUCCCUCUAGACAUGAGGACUGGUUUAAAGAUGGAGUCCCUCUAGAUAUGAGGACUGGUUUAAAGAUGGAGUCCCUCUAGAUAUGAGGACUGGUUUAAAGCUGGAGUCCCUCUAGACAUGAGGACUGGUUUUAAGCUGCAGUAAUGCGCUGUUCAACACGUUGACUCUCCUGCUAGAUUCCUCCCUCCACUUUAAACUGGACCGCCUUAAACAGGAGAGAACUACGAAGAACUUUUAAAAGGGAGGACAAAAAUAUAUAAAUAUUUUGUAAAUGUGAGCCCAACACUUUAAACACGCCUAUUGUGCCCCCCCCCUCUCCACCCACACACACGCACACCCUCUCUCCGCGCUCCACCAAAAUGGUCUUCAAUAUGUCUCUCCAGGCUGUCCUCUGGCUAUACCUGUUUAUUUUUCUAUACUGUAAUGCUUACUGUACAUCUAUAUAUCUAUACGCUCAGAGCCCAGGGACGUAGGAGUAGGGGAAGACUCAUUAUCUGAGGAAGGCCUAAUACUGUUCUGAUGCAAGUCAGCUGGGGUGUGUGUGUGUGUGUGUGUGUGUGUGUGUGUGUGUGUGUGUGUGUGUGUGUGUGUGUGUGUGUGUGUGUGUGUGUGUGUGUGUGUGUGUGUGUGUGUGCGCGUGUGUGAGAGAGAGAUGCAUACUGGUGACACACAAGCCAUCAGCUUGUGUAGCGAGCGGGAAGCGAAUUGAUGUCAUGAGCUCAGUGAUGCCGGAUCUGGUGGAUUUCCACAGUUAAUCUUAAUCUCGAUUCUCCAGAUGUUGUUUCUCUCUCUGUUUUACGUCCUGUCGUCCGAUUUCGGAGGGUCUUUGGAACCGGACUUUAUGACAAGGGACAAUUGUUUUCUAUAAUCAAAAAGAACCAAUGAAAAUGAACAAAUAUGAGAGUACAUGGUGUUGUACAAACUGAAGUUCUGCGUGGUCUUCAGUUAGAGACCGUAGCUUCAGUGUCUUCGUGUACAUAUCCGUUGAGUGGCUGAUGAGAGAAUGAAGUGCGACUGAGUGUUUUCUAAGUCCUUAACCUAAACGAUCAUAAAAUACGCUAUUUAUACUGCUAGCCCGUUUGACAAUACCCUACUUAUAUAUGAUAUUUUAUUUUUAAUACAGAAAUGUAUUUUGUGUUUAAUCAAAAAAAACUGGUACUGAAUGAAAAGCUUUCCAGAAAUCUCAGCUGGGGUGCGUUUUACUCUCACUUGUACUGUUCAUGUCUACACCCCCGUGGACGAUUCACCCUGUCACAACCCCACCGGAUCAAACUGGAGCUCCGCCCCCAACCCUCUCAGGACGACGCCCACCCAACUCAUAGAUGGCAACGCACCAAUCCACGUUCUCUCUGAUCCUGGGAAGGACAGAGAAGACUCGGUGGACACGAGACUUUUCCCCUCUCCACCUUUUUGGAAGACUUGAUAUUUAUACGCGUGGAAUCACUGUGUUCGAGUCCCCUGGUCCGCCGAUCCUACCCGUCUCUGGGGCUCCGAGCGAGGCUUCCGACAGGACAGGCUCACAAACCCUCGGAGGUGGUGAGAGUUUGGCCGGGAUUCAGGCUUCGAUCAAUUUUGACAGAUUUGAUUCAUUACAAAACACUGUUGUUCUUAUUCGAAGAGGAGGAUUGGGUCCGAGAAGGUGAUUUCCUGCAAGAUGGGUUCUGGUUCAGAAGGGUUUUUUACUGGAGUUGAUAUUCUUUGGAUUUGGGGAUUGCAGAUUGAGCGAGAUGUUAAGUCAAGUGUCAACACGCAUCCUUUUAAAAUCUUCUACAUUCUUACUGUUUCUUGGACGGGGAACGACUUUGAACCAAGCAGCUUAAUAGGUGUUGAUUUGUUUUUUAUAAAUGUCUUAAUCGUUAGUUUUCUUUGCAUGUGGUGGGGCAAUGCUUUUUUUUGGUUUUUGUAUACAAAUCGAUGGAUGCUAAUGAUUACCUGAGCGUGGAGCAUAGCGCAGUGCAGCCGUAUUGCACAGAUCACAGUAAUGCAUCAAGACAAGCUUCUUUUUUAGAUGUUUAAUAUUUUGAUAAUUUAUUUUUAAAGACAUUGGCCACUUUUGGAUCUGAUAACAAAAUAGUGAAGAUGAGAGGGUACUGUGUCGAUUCCAUUGUAUGCUCUGUGACGUCUGGCCGAAGUUAAAACGUGUUAGAUUGAACUUUGUUUUGCUUGGGGUUGUAUCAAUGAGUGUACAUUUAAAGUGUAAAUUAUGUUUUCAUUAUUUUAUAAGAAAAUAUAUUUAAAAAAGCA